AUUGUCGACGUCCAUUGUGUGAAAAUGAAGGCUCGUGCGAUAUUAUCGCAGGGAAUCCUGGCCAAUAGAGCCAUUCGUCUGUCUACUACCCCUAAAGGUGGUUACGGUGUACAAUGGCGACGUUAUUCGGCAGCGGCAGCGGCUCCGGGAAUUCUACCGUUGGAAGGAAUUCGAGUAUUGGAUAUGACCAGGGUCCUUGCAGGACCUUAUUGUACUCAGAUAUUGGGAGAUUUGGGCGCAGAUGUGAUCAAAAUUGAGCACCCGCAAAGAGGCGAUGAUACUAGAGCUUGGGGUCCGCCAUUUGCGAAAUACCAGGAUGGGUCAAAGAAAGGACCUGGUGAAAGCGCAUAUUACCUUGCGGUCAAUCGAAAUAAGAAGUCCAUUGGACUUUCAUUUGCACAUACAUCCGGAGUUGAGAUACUACACAAGCUGGUCAAAGAGUGCGACGUACUUGUUGAGAAUUAUCUGCCAGGAAGUCUGAAGAAAUACGCCAUGGACUACGAGACCCUGAGCAAAAUCAAUCCCAAACUGAUAUAUGCCAGUAUAACCGGCUACGGGCAAACAGGACCGUACAGGAAUCGAGCCGGCUACGAUGUCAUGGUGGAGGCAGAAUUUGGUUUGAUGCAUAUAACUGGAUCCAGAGACGGACCUCCUGUUAAAGUGGGCGUUGCAGUUACGGAUCUGACAACUGGUCUUUACACGUCAAAUGCGAUCAUGGCAGCUAUAAUUGCCCGAGGACGCACGGGUAAAGGACAGCAUAUUGAUGCGUGCUUGAGCGACGUUCAGGUUGCAACUCUUGCUAAUCUAGCAAGCUCUGCCUUGAUUAGCGGUGAGAAGGAUUCUGGUCGCUGGGGAACAGCUCAUCCAUCGAUCGUUCCGUACCGAAGCUACAAGACUCUCGACGGUGACAUCCUCUUCGGCGGUGGUAACGAUCGACUCUUCGGCGUCCUCAGUGAUAGGCUCGAGCAUCCCGAAUGGAAGACAGACGAUCGCUUUGUGAAGAAUAGCAACCGAGUCGCAAACCGAGUUGAGCUUGACGGGAUGAUAGAAGAGAUCACAAAAACAAAGACAACACAAGAGUGGCUUGGACUUUUCGAAGGCAGCGGAAUGCCAUAUGCCGCUGUGAAUGACAUCCAAGGAACUCUAAAUCACGAACACGUGCGAGCUCGUGGUAUGGUCACGGAAAUCGAACACCCAGAAUGCGGUCCCAUGAAACUUGUUAAUACUCCCAUCAAAUACUCUCAUGCUAAGCCAGGUGUUCGCACGCCGCCACCUACCUUGGGUCAACAUACCGAUGAAGUGCUUCAAGGGCUGUUGGAUUACAGCAAAGACGAGAUUCUUUCGCUGAAGCAGGAGGGUGUUAUCUCAUAGAACCUAGAUGUGCGAGUUGUAAAUAGGGGAAAAGUACAGUUCAUCUGCUAGGUAUAUAGAAUCAAUGUCAGUCGCAAUGUAA